CAAAAUUCUCUCGAACUUUCUUCCCAUGUUUCUAUCUCCCACAAAACCAAAAAGUAUGACAAGAUAUUUUCUCUCUCUCUUCUUCACCGCUCCACAAUUUUCUCUCUCUAAAAAAACAACAACUAUCUUCUCUGUUUCCCAAAUUUACAGUUUUCUCCUCCCGCAAUUCGUUUAUAUCUUUCCCAUACCCCAAAUUAGUUUUCUUUUGCUAUGGCUUUCGUUUCGUUUUGAAAGCUUUGUUCAUUAGGAGGAGGAUCCAACGGUGAUGGAUCAAGAAGGAGGAGGAUCCAACGGUGGCAGUAGAUCUUCUUGCUAUUACUCUGUUCUUGGUAUUCGUAGUGAUGCCUCCUCCUCUGAUAUUCGCACCGCUUACCGCAAACUCGCUAUGAGAUGGCACCCUGAUAAAUUCGCUCGGAAUCCUACAACUGCCGGAGAAGCCAAACGACGGUUUCAGCAAAUUCAAGAAGCAUACUCAGUUCUAUCGGAUGAGUCUAAAAGAUCAAUGUAUGAUGCUGGACUAUACGAUCCUCUAGAAGAAGAAGACCAAGAAUUUUGUGAUUUUAUGAGCGAAAUGAUCUCAAUGAUGAAUAAUGUCAAAGAUGAGGGGGACAGUUUGGAGGAUCUACAAAGGAUGUUUGUUGAGAUGGUAGGUGGGGAUGGUAUGAACUUUGAUAUGAACCAAAAUCAGACGGCUGGGAAGAGAGGACGCUCAAGUGGAUCAAGAGGCAACGCAGCCAAGCGCAGCAAUCAUUGCCGCUAGCGUGGUGUACUUGAUAUAACCUUGACAACUGGGUAAUUUUUAGAAUCGAACAUCAAAUGGAAUAAAUGCUUAUGCGGGUCAUCUGAGUUAAGUUUAUGCAAAAACGGGUUGUGCUUCUGUUUGAUUUCUCCAAGAUGCUUGUCUGAUGGUUUGGUUUAAGUUUGCAAGGGUUUCUUUUUGAUUCAUUACUCAUUAGGGCGUGACUUAAACUGAAGGAGUAAACGGGGGUGAGGCCUAAAUUACUCACUUUUUUUUUUUAUAGGAAGAUUAACCUCUCUUGUUUAGGGGUAUUUACCUUUUUAAGAUAUCAACCAAUUAAAAUGUAAUAUACAACAUUAAAUGUCAAAUAAAUGAGUAAAUUUUUAUUUAA